AUGCGGAAAAAUAGCUCGUCCACAACUAUGAGUGGUGGAAAAACUUGGUCCGCCGUAGGAUUUUCCGGCGGUGGUGCUCAUGAUGGGACGAGAAUUAACAGGAUUAUGCUCAGGUACCGACCGAUCGCGCCAAAACCAGUAACCGACGGCUCAGUUUCCGGAUCGACUCCGGCGGAGAUCAAGUCCGGUGUUGGUAAUAAAAGGAGAAUAAAGAGGAAGUACGUUAGGGUUAAGAAAACUGAGAGGAGACGGUGUAACAGUAGUAAAAUACUGAAUAAAAGUGACGAUAGGAAAGAUUUGGAUAUUGAUCGUACGGAUGUUACUUUACAGUUACUGCCAAAGAUGACUGCUCUGAAGGAUUCAAAGGCAACUGGAUCUUCAAAAAAUAUGGUUUUUCCGGUGGAAAAGCCACAGAUAUUGAUUAACUUCGAUAAUUCUGAGAAUAAUAGCAAUAGAUUAUAUGCCGUUCGUUUACCGGAAAGGUCAGAUCUGGCGGCGGUAGUGCCACUGCCGGCUAAGAGAGUGCUGGAAUCCUGGAUAAUGGUGGAUCAAAUAACAAAAGCGUGGGUAGAUGGAGGGAUAGGGUGUACGGAUAUUGAGAAGAUUAAGAAUUUGGAGAUGGACACGUGUCCAGGGAUGAUAUCAGAUGGUUUAAAUCGAGUUCAGUGGGUUAACCGUGCUUACAGAAGGAUGGUUGCUCCGCCCGAACGAGAACCGGUGGCGGAGACGGCGGUAUGGUUGGUGGUGAAGGAGAAAAUUUCUGUGUCCUGGCAAGCUUUUGCAUGCACCGUUAGGGUGGUGUACACAUGGCAGAAGGAGAGGCACAGCAAAACAAUGCCUUGUGAUGUGUGGAAGAUGGAAUUCGGUGGAUUUGCAUGGAGAUUUGAUGCCAACGCUGCGCUUAGUUUAGGCCGUUGA